CUAAAAAAUUAGGGUUUGAAUGCAAUUUUUUCAAGAAAAUAUCCUGAUGUCCCUUGUAAGCUCGUUUGUCUUUCCUUAUAUAAUCACGUCUGCCAUUCGUCGAUGAUCAUCUCCGACGUUGUCUGCUGCAAACCUCUCCCGUUCGGCGUCAUUCCAAAUCAAGAUCCACACUUUUAUUCAACGUCGCAAAACUCGUUCUUGUCCUCGAUCCACAUUCAACCCAGAAACCUGAAAAUUUUUCUCGUAUGACGUCACAAAACCCACACUCAAAUCUCUGCCGCUCUUUAUUUUAGAUCUUCGACGACGUUGUUCUAAGUCUCUCCCGCCUUGUUUUUUGUUUUUUGUUUUUUUUCUAUUCGCAGAUCUCCUCCACUGUAAAUUUCUUCCAUUGUUCCAGAUCACCGUGCUUGUGUUCCAUUUAAGAUUUUCGUUAUGGUCUUCUGUUCCAACGGAGAUCACUAGACAGCCACAACUCUCUUUUUUUUUAUUUCUUUUUUGCAGAUCCGCCGCUUAGAUCUGAUUAGAAUCCAUUUUUUAUUUAUGUGUUGAGGAAAAAAAAAACGAUAUUGCUCGUCCUUUUAGCAUCAUUCUUGAUGGCUUAAAUUACAUUACCUAGGCUCAUCAAUUGAGGAAUUUUUUUAUCAGUCGAAAGUUAUGGUGCAUUGUUACUGGAGAUAUCAUCGAGUUAUCAUCCAACUCGUAAAAACACUUCUCUAGUGACUCCAAUGACGAAUAUCAAUAAGGAGACCUCUGAGAAUGAUGAUGCAGAAUCAAUUGAAGUUACUAUUCAAGACACUACUACAAAGGAUGUCAAAUAUAAUGAACGCCAUGAGGACUUGGAUAGCAAAAAUCAUCAAAAUCAUCACUUGAUUGGAUAACACUUCUAUUAUGACUAUUCAUACUCAAUAUUAUCCACAAGUUUUCAAUCUAUUGGCCUUGCUCACUAUUACCAGCUACAUUCUCGACUUGUUAGUCUAAAACAGGAGGUCAGAUAAUCUGGAAAUGAAUAUCUUGCUCCUCAGUUACACUAGGCAAAAAAUCAUUUUCGAUAAUAUAUAUUCAACUUAUAAAAGUCCGCAUGGGACUCCGCCUAGAGUAUGGAUCGGUUUAUACUACUCUGUUACAUCUCACAACUCUCUGCCAUCUCUAGGUGUUAUUGCACUACAAGAAAAUGGAGAAUUCCCGACGCCGAAAAGCACGUCGGCAUAAAGAACGUCGGGAAUAAGGGCUUUCCCGACGCCCUCAACAACGCGUCGGGAGAGGCGUCGGGAAAACCACCUUUCCCGACGCACCAUGAAGGCGUCGGCAAAAAUACAUCGGGAAAAGGGGUUUUUCCCGACGCUGUGAAGAGUGCGUCGGGAGCGGCGUCGGGAAAACCUUUUUUCCCGACGCAACAUGAAGGCGUCGGCAAAAAGUAAAUCGGGAAAAGGGGUUUUUCCCGACGCCGUGAACAGUGCGUCGGGAGCGGCGUCGGGAAUAGGGGUUUUUCCCGACGCCGCGUUAAACGUCGGGAAAAGGGGUUUAAUGAGCGUCGGGAAUUCCUCUUUUCCCGACGCAUUUUGAGGGAUUUCCCGACGCCACGUCACUGCGUCGGGAAAUCCCCUUUAAAUUCGUUUCAGUUCUGUAUUCACAGAACCGAAGCCGAGAGGAGAGGAGAAAAAGAAAGGAGAAGAAGAAGAACGUCGCCCGACCGUGCUUUCCUUUUGUUCCGCCGCCGUCCGUCGCCGACCGCCUCGCCGUUGUUCCUCGUCGCCGUCUGCCACUUUUGCCAUUAUGUCAUAUCGACCAUCAAAUUUUAUGGAGACGGACGAUAUGUUCCUCCAGUUUGAGGACGAUUUAGAUAAUAACAUCGCGGGAGGGUCAUCAUCUGUGGGCGACAAUACGGAGUCUUCUUCUCAACAAACGACUCCGACUCCUAGGAGACGUGCGCAGUCUCGACUCUUGGAGUUAGAGCGCCACGUUGCAAUAAAUGGGCGCAUUCCGAUGACGAUCGCCCCUGGAGCGGAGAAGCCUAUUUCUCCACACGCCGUUCGCUUCAGCCAGGCGAUAGGCGUGUGCGUGCGAAAGACAUUUCCCGUCCGCUGUCUUAAGUGGACGGACGUUGGGAGAGAAUACAUUGAGGUCGUCAAGGGCGACCUCCAGCGAUUCUUUGUGCUUGAUUUCAAUGAUCAAGCAAUGAACAGGUUUGUUGAGCAUCAGAUGCUCACGACCUUUAAAGAGUUCCGGGCCGACUGUCAUAAACAUUUCAAAAAGUACAGCGACCCGGAGGAGGCUCGUGCCAACCCACCAAACGCAUUGGUUGGACGUGAUGAGGAUUGGCACUUCCUCUGCGACCAUUAUAUCAGCCGUGCAUUCCAGGAGCAAUCACGGACAAACAAGGCUGCUAGACAGAAGCAGCCUUACAAUCAUAGUAGCGGGUCCAAGUCGUUUCUACAACGACAGCAUGAGCUCGCUGAAAGAAGAGGGCAGCCGGUCGAUCGUGUGGAAUUGUUCCGGGAAACACACGUUCGAGCUGGGACAUUCGUGUCGCAAGCCGCCGAGGAUGCGCAUAAUCAAAUGCUGGAACUCCAAUCCCAGCCUAUCCCAGAGGGUAGUCAGCCACUCUCUGAGGAUGAGAUAUGCGAUCAGGUGUUGGGUAGACGACCAGGCUACUCAAAAGGCCUUGGUUGGGGACCCAAGCCGAAGGCCCGCAGAACGGCAAGUGCAAGCAGUUCGUCGACAUCUUGUUCGCAGUCCACACAAAAAGAGAUUGAAUUACAAGCUAAACUUCAUGAAGCUUUGGAACGGAUUGAAGUACAAGAUAGAAAUCACCAAGCAUUAGCUUCACAAGUGGAAGCUAUGAAAAAGAUGAUUGAAGACCUAACUCGUGCACAACAGGGACCACCACAUGAUCCCUAGCUUCAUUAUGUUUAUGUUUUUUCUAUAUUGAGAACUAUAUUUUGUUGUAGUCAACUUAUUCGUAUUAUUAAUUUUAAUUCUAUUUUUUUAA